AUGCAAAACAAAUCAGACCUGAGAUAUGAGGAAUUCAGCAUAGCUCCAGGUCAGUCUGGCAUUUUUCAAGGUGGAGGAUUCAAAGGAAGAGUGAAGAAAAUAGCAUGUGUGGAAUGUAGACAACAGAAAUGCAAAUGUGACGCUUCUGAUAAAGCACCGAAACCUUGCACAAGAUGUACCAAAAAACAGUUAGUGUGUACUCUGCAAAGUGACUUCAAAAGAACUGUUAAAAGAGCUAGAAUGGCCCAAAUAGAGAAAGAGUUCAUUGAUUUAAGACGCUCUUUACAAGAAGGAGCUGUAAACGGAGUUCCUUUGAGAGGGCAGAGUUAUGGGCCUUCAUUCGAACCUCCCAAUCAACUUCCAAACAAUUCCACUUUACCACCGAUUAGAAAUGUUGUUUUGAAUAAUCCUACUGAGAAUGUGAUGACUCCUUUCAGUAAUUUCAUCGGCUCAGAGUCACCUCCAGUGCCUAGCGGAUUGAAGGACGAUGGCCGUAUUUCACAGAUCGCCAGUACCAAGAUGAAGCUGAACAGCAACUCAAGUAAACCUACUCCAGCUAUUCAUAGACUGGGCAAUACUAAUCACAGUAGAAAUGAACCAAUCGUUUUAGCCCCAGAAGUUUUAAGUUGCACCGAUAAAACGCUGGAUGAUUUUACUAUUGAGUCCCAACACAUCAAACAACUAUAUCAAGAAUUUGUAGACAAUUAUCAUCCAAUUUUACCAGUUGUUGAUAUCUAUAAGGGCCCGGAGAGGAUAUAUCGACUGUGCCCGGUUUUAUUUUGGACAAUCAUUUUCAUCUCUCUCAGAAGAUUCAAAUCAAACGAAUUAAACAGGGAAGCUAGUCUCAAUCUUUACAUGAAACUUGGCCCCAUUUUGAAAUCUGCAAUGGCUGAGCUCACUAUUGCGCCCAUUACAAGGUUCGAACCUACCGAAGUCAACGAGCCUAUAUUGAACGUUUCUAGUGUUUAUUCAGUACAAAGCUUUCUUCUGUACACUUUCUGGCCCCCACUUACAUCAUCUUUAUCUGCUGACACUUCCUGGAAUACAAUCGGCAUUGCUAUUUUUCAAGCUAUUCGUAUUGGGUUACACAGUGCAGGCCAAUUAAACUCUAACGAAAAGGCAGAAUUGGUCACAGAACAGAUACGUACAUGGAUCGCCUGUAACGUUGUUUCUCAAACUAUUGCUUCAGCAUUUGGAUUUCCAGCGUUUACAUCUUUUGAUGCCGGAGUUUUAUCGAUUUGUCGAGCUGGCUCAAACGCUAACAUUCCUCAGAGUUUAAUUCAAAUGAUGGAAUUAGAGCAUCUAGAAGAUCAGGCUGCCAAAACGUUGAACUCAAACCCUGCAGACCAUCUUGGUUUAGUUGAUGCUACGGAACGAAUACCUUUACUACAAAUGCUAGGAAACCAAACUGAUGAGCUGGAGAUUAAAAUGUCUUUUCUUCAACCACUGGAUGAUGUUAGAAGGUUUCAGCUUCUGUCCACCAGAAUGCGGAUACUAACUUACUAUUUUUUGGAUACUACAAAAGUGGCAACUUUUGAGCUGCAGAGAGGCUUGAUCAAGGUUUUCAACGCUUCUUUGGCCCUAAUCGCACACACCAGAGAUUCUACGGAAAGAUCAAAAAAGUUCAUCAAAUAUCUACCAGGAGUAUAUAUACUAACUAUUUGGCAAGCAUCAGUUAUUGUCAACAGAAUAACGAAUUCUCCAAUGAACUCACUUAUUGAUGUUGGCGCUGGUAAGCAACUAUACCAGAUAGCUAUUGAUUUGACAUCGAAAGCAUCGGUGGUCAAAUAUGAUAUGGCGUAUCGAUCAUCUGGUAUAAUGAGGAGUAUGUGGGCAUUAUUCCAUACUUUGAACUCCCAGAAUUUUUUCAAAGGAAUCAAUGUCAACAUUCGUAGUCGAUUAUCGGCCAGUGUAUUCUUUGACAGCCUGUUGAUCUUGAAAGAGCAAUGUGGUGUGAUGAAAUUUGUACCCAAGAAACUCCAUAGCACACUGGCGGAUGCCACAAGGGAUCCAGCAACUGCCUUUGAAAGCGAUUCGGAUAAUGAUGUUGAGGAAAAUGAUACCAAAGUGAACAAUGUGGAUUCAAACGAUAAACAGCAUCCACAACAGAAAGUUAAUGCGAACGGUAAAUUUUCAACAACCGAAUCAAGAAAGAAACAGCGAUCCUUAUCCAGCACAAUUCACCCAGAAUCUUCGGCACGUAGAAUUAUCAAUACGAUUCCCUUGGAUCCGCAACCAAUAGAGGCUCCAAUUGCCAAUCAAAAACAGAAUUUAUCAAAACAUGUUCUCCAUUCAAAAUCCAACCAAACUCCAACCGCUUCAGACGCAAUCCAAUCCAAUCAACAGUCUUUCAAAGGAGGCCCAACCUCUAUUCAAUCGAACCUUACCGACUCUCCAUCGUCUUCCAACUUAGAUGCAAGUGCAGGGUUGGGGUUUGAUAUUUGGGAUUCAACACAAAACUGGGACACUGACCUGUUGUGGAAAGACAUUGACAACGUUAUGAAUGAGUUUGGUUUUCAUGCUGACAUGGUUUAA